AGUCGGGCAUAAAACCUCUUUUCUUGCAUCAUCGCCUUUGAAACCCUCAAAUCGUCACUAUUCCAUCGCUGCAACUAUAUUGGGCGCAUCCAAGUAGGCUAUAUACUCGUUUCACGUCCAUUGGAAAGCACCUACAGUCUCCAUGGCUCGCAGCAAGCGCCGUGUCUUCAGCGUGCCCUGGUACAAACGAACGGACCUCCUUCACGUUCGUUUAAACGAGCCUUUACCUGAAAAAGUCUUUGAAGCGCUGUUGCUGUUGCCACUUACACCUGAUGCCAGCGAGCCAGAUGCAGGCGCAGACCGCGGCGUGAAGCGUCGCAAGAUUGAAAGUGAGGCUGUCACGGGAGCCAUCUGCAUAAGCAAGUCAAGCUUGAAGUUUUCAUCCACCCCACUACCAAACAUCAUUCUAGUGGACGGUCCCCAGUACAGGCACAAUAUAGGGCAAUACUUUCGUCUCAACUAUGAGCGCGAUGAGUUUGGCUUGAAUCCCAAGACCAAGGACCCAGCAUCUCCGCCACCUAUUGUAAUACAUAUGCUUGAUGAUGUUCAUAUGAAGCUUUUUGGAACCAUUGCCUCCCGGCAAUCUGGUAGAGAUGAAAAAUAUCAGCCCGGUGGAAUAUGGACCAACAUCGACGUUACCUUUAUAGCAAAAGAUGGGCUUGUUGAAACGACUUUCGAUUUUCAAGUCUUUUGGAACGAAACCGCUGAUCAAUUACAACCAUUAAGAAAUGGGCCGCAUCGCGAAGUCAGCCAGAUGAUAAUUGACGCCCUAUUUCCGCCAAAGUCAUACUCCAAAGCGUCAUCGCCAAUGGACUUUUACGACGCUGCAUAUCUGCCCUCAAAAGACGACAUUUCUGCAAGUAAGAUUCAAACACCAUCAUUAGAGUCUACACUCUUUCCCUACCAAAAACGUACGCUCAAGUGGAUGCUUGGUCGUGAAGGGGUCAAAUAUGCAGGCUCACUAGCAGCUGUUGCUCCUCUAGAUAUUGACAACGAUAUGCCGACGUUUGAUACAUUGCGCGCGGUCAAAGAUACUGAUGGAAAUGAAAUGUUUUUGAGCGAUAUCUUCCAUACUGUUACAAGAGACAAAUCUCCGUAUCAAGCAGCAGAUAAAGCGCUCACUGGUGGCAUCCUGGCUGAGGAGAUGGGACUUGGCAAAACGCUCGAAAUUCUCGGCCUUAUUACUCUCCACAAGCUGAAAAACGGCUCACCACUGGAAGCUAGACAACUGCCAAAUGGGCUAUUCCAAACUGGUGCUACGCUAAUUGUGGCACCGGAAUCACUUAGGCGGCAGUGGAUGACGGAGAUUUCCAACCACGCACCGACCUUACGGCUGAUGGAUUACAAAGGAUGCCGGAAGAUGCUGGAUGAUGAUGCUGAUGAGAUUGAGCUGCUGAAGGAAUUGGAUGCCUGUGAUGUUAUAAUUACGACAUAUUCGGUCCUUUCACAAGAACUCCAUUAUGCGACAGAAGCACCAGAAAGAUCUCGUCGACAUGAAAGAGUCUACAAGCGUCAAAGCUCUCCGCUUGUCCGCUUGUUAUGGUGGAGAGUGUGCCUCGAUGAAGCUCAAAUGAUUGAAAAUGGUGUCAGCCAAGCUGCUGCUGUCGCCCGUUUGCUACCUCGCAUACACGCGUGGGGAAUCACAGGAACGCCUGUUAAGGACGACGUCAAGGACUUACUUGGACUACUUCAAUUUCUCCGCUACCAACCCUUUUCGACUACUACUUCAACCUGGGCAGCGGUCAUGGAACACAAACCUAUCUUUGAGCAACUCUUCCACUCUAUAUCGUUACGCCACACAAAGGCGAUGGUGAGAAGUGAGAUUCUUUUGCCACCACAGAAACGCUAUGUCAUAUCCAUGCCGUUUAGCGCAGUCGAAGAACAACAUUAUCAGUCACUAGUUAAAGAGAUGAUGGAUGAAUGUAAACUUACCGUUGACGGUACACCAACAAUUGAUGAUUGGGAGCCUGAAGAAUACGAGAAUGAGAUGCGCAGCUGGCUUACUCGGCUUAGGCAAUCUGCUUUACACCCUGAAGUCGGAACCCACAACAGAAGGGCAUUGGGAUAUAGUAAAGAAAGACCGAUGCGCACUGUUGAUGAGGUGUUGAACGCCAUGUUGGAGCAAAGCGAGGCUAGCGUGAGAGGAGAUGAGCGCUCUCUACUGUCUAGCAAAUUGGCUCGAGGCCAAAUCUACGAAAACAGUCCGAGAGUUAAAGAGGCGCUUUCUGUCUGGGAAGAAGUCAAAGUUGAAACGGAGAAGCUUGUCAAAGAGGCCCGCCAUAAGCUGACUGUUGCUAUAGCGGAAGAAAAACAGCUGAUGGCAGACGUGCAGAAUGGCAAGACGGAUCAAGUCGAUGAUUCCGACUCUGACAUGGACAUGGAGGCAAACGGGAGACUAAUUGAACUUCGUCGCAGGCUGCGCGGCACUCUCGAACUGCAUCAUAAGGCAGUCUUCUUCUGUGCCAGUGCCAACUUUCAGAUCCGAGACAAUGCAGAACUGACAGAGCCAGAUUCUGAAGAAUUUAAGCGAUUAAAGAAGUUGGAAGAUGAUGGCUAUGAGGAGGCCAAGGCCAUUCGAAGAGAGAUCCUACAAGAGAGCUAUAAAAAGGCGAAUGGGUUCAUGACAAGCAUCAAAGAGACUGCAGCGAGUCAAAGCUUUACUGAAGUUCCAGAGUUGGUAGUUACCGGCGAUCGAGGUGUUGAGAGUGGCAGAGUGAUGAAUUCUCUGGAGGUUCUUUACGAAGAACUGAAUGAGCAAGCGAAUAUUUUGGAUGAAUGGCGGGAGCAUGUUAUUCAACUGCUCCUCAAACCGCUGGUGGAUCAGGAUGACGACGUGGAAACUACUGGUGAAGAGCUUGUUGAUUCAGCCAAAUUUCAAGACGAUUUAAUGGUAUAUUUCCAGGCUUUGAAGAGCGCUAUCGCCGAUCGUCAAGACGCAAUCUCGGGACAAACAAACGAGCUGGUCAAGCACGAGACAGAAUACAGCAUCCGUCUUGCCAAGAAUGGCGGCGGUCCAGCGCCCGAGAAACUUAUUGAACUGCUGCAGAAGAGAGCAGAGCUGAAGCCCAAAAUGUCACACACAUCCAUGAGAGGGGCUAUUGGAGAACUGCGCGGCCUGCAACUUCGUCUUUCGCGAGACCUGGCUACCACAAACCGCGACAUCAUCGAAGGUAGCCUUGUCACCAAUCUAUUGAAUUCGACACAAAAGCUUCUAUCCCAGCAAAUUAAGGUCGCCACUGCUCUAGAUUCGGAGGUAGAUGAAUUCAAGGACGCCAUGAAUGCUCGCUUAGAAUAUUACAGAGCGCUUCAGGUCGUGUCCGACGCCGUCAUCCCUUACGAUGGUCCCAAAACUGACGCUGUGGACGAGAAGAUGAAGAAGAGCGAGGAAGAUCUUAAGAAGAAACUCGCAGCUGGUGAGGCCAAGCAUCGUUAUCUCAUGAACUUGAAAGAAAACGGAUCUAAAUCCAACGAACCGCGAAUGUGUGUCAUCUGCCAGACAGCGUUCGUAACGGGUGUCUUAACAGUCUGCGGCCACCAAUUCUGCAAGGAGUGCAUGAUGCUCUGGUUCAAGAGUCACAAGAACUGCCCAGUUUGCAAACGCCCGCUCAAGGCGGACAACUUGCAUGAUAUUACCAUCAAGCCACAGCAACUACAAGUUGUCAGCGAGGUAGCGGGAGAGUCUUCUGAUCACAAUACGUCGCCCCAGCGCCAAGAGCGCCAGGUGCAUUCCGAAACGUCCAAAAGCAUCUACAAAACUUUCAAUGCAGACAAACUUGCUGAAAUUAAAAGCAUGGAACUCGAUGGCCCAUCCUUUACCACCAAAGUCGACACGCUUGUCCGCCAUCUGCUAUGGUUGCGAGAAUCUGACCCCGGUGCAAAGUCGAUUGUGUUUUCGCAGUACAAGGACUUUUUAUACGUUUUGCAAAAUGCGCUGAAGCGUUUUCGCAUCGGUCAUACCUCCAUUGACGAGCCUAAUGGUACAUCUAAGUUCAAGGAAGACCCAGCUAUUGAGUGUUUCUUGCUUCAUGCUCGAGCACAUUCCAGUGGUCUGAACCUUGUUAAUGCAAGUCACGUCUUCCUCUGCGAGCCACUCUUGAACACUGCAAUCGAGCUGCAAGCCAUUGCACGAGUAGAUCGUAUCGGUCAGCAACACGAGACCACGGUUUGGCUGUACAUUGUUACAGGCACAGUCGAGGAGUCCAUCUACAACUUGUCUGUAAGACGGCGCUUGGAACAUCUGGGUCGCGGCGCAAACAAGAGCCGUGGUGCGACGCCGGAGUUGCUCGAUUCCAACAUUGAGCAGGCUAAUACGCUGGAACUCGAGCGUGCAGCGCUGUCAAAGCUGAUGAGCAAGGACCGGUCAGCUGGUGAAAUGGUCGAAAACGGAGACUUAUGGGAGUGUCUGUUUGGUAGCGUGCCCAAAGUGGACGAGAGGGAUGACCGCUUACAAGAGCGUGCAGUAAUGAGCUAUCUUGCCGCCGCCGCGGCAGACAAGCGGGCGUAAGGCAGGGUAUAUAUAUAAUCGAACAAUGGAGCGGCGCUGGCGCUAGGGACAGGAUGAUUUAUGAACAACGGCUCCUCUCUCUUCAUGGGUUUACACAUAAAAUGAUAUAUUUAAUUUCUGUACUUCUUCAUCCUCUUUGGAAGGGCACUCGCGUCUAUGUUUAAUCACUUUGCUUGCCCGCCGCCUUCUUCGACACGGCGCGGUUAAUAUGGUGCUCAGGAAUCCAGCUCUCGUCAUAGGUCUGGCGCCCAGUACCCGCGCCAAUACUACGAGACGUGGAUAGAUCCGCAGCCUUCUUGGCCUUUUUGGGAGUGCGAGGCUCACGCUUAGGAGUCUGUGUGAAGAGAGGCUGGAUCCAGGUCGUGAAGAUAAGGUAGAGCGCACCAGCAAAGCCAGCGGACAGGAUGAGGUACAAGAAAAUGCUAAGGAUUUGAGUCAGCAACUCGCCAAGUGUUUAGGAUUUCGCGUAUACGUACAUCUGGGGGUCGAGCAGGUUCGUAGCUGGGUCGACUACGGAAGUAACGCUGCCGUACGCGGGGAUCUGGUAAACAGCGCCCUUGGCGUCCGUAAUAACAGUCAUAAUCUCGAGCUUGACAUCGCGGGGGAGCAUGUCGACAGAGAACGCGUAGCUCAGCUCCUUGGCCUCGCCGGGCUGAACGGCAGCAUCGUACUGCACAGCACUGAGGUUGCGCAGAAUGCCCUGCCAUGCGGGUGUGUUUUCCGGGAGAAGCUCAGGGUUGGCGAGGACGCCUGCGACGAUGGCGACUGUGACGGGGGCCUUUUCGUUGUUGGUUACCUCGAUAAUGGCGCGAGUAGGCGCGCCAUUGACAAGACGCAGGCCGAGAAUGUCAGAGUCUGGGAAGCUCGUCUUGGCG